UGAUUCUGCGCGCGCGCUCACAGAUAAACACCGGCGAUAUUGAUCUGUGGAGAAACGGAGAAACCGAAAAAAACCGGCCGAUGCUCAGCGCGGGAGUCUGCGGGAGGACUGUGUUCAGUGUUUAGUGGAUGCUGGAGGCUGUCAUGACAGAAAUCACGAGGAGGAAACAUUUCACGCGAGCGGAGGAAGGAGGGACGCAAAGUAUAAGAUAAGCGAGAUAUCGUGCGGUUCCCUCAGCCUGCUGCCACCAUGUUUAAAAACAGCUUGAAAAUGCUGCUGACGGGGGGCAGAGCCAACAGGAAGAGUCGCAUCAGCAGCGAUGGGGGAAAUGAGGAUGCUAGAGACCUGCAGAGCGCCACUCUGGAUCCCUUUCACAGCUACACAGGACCAGGGGGCAGUGUAGACAGCGACUGUGUCUUUGAAGGGGAUUAUUCUGUGGCUCCUCUGUCUGCGGCGGAGGGUUUUCAGCACAUGCGUGUGAUGGAGGGAGUUUCUCGAUCUCUUCCUUCAUCACCUUUACUCACACACCAGACUUCCAGUUCACACCUGCCAUCUGCUAAGAACUUCAGUACGGCCACAGGGGGGAUAGGAGCUGAACUCGGGCCCCCGCCGUCAGUGGACGAGGCAGCGAACACGUUGAUGACUCGUCUUGGCUUUUUACUGGGAGAUAAAGUGAGCGAGGGCUCUGAAGGGCCGCAGUUCAGCAUGGAGGAGCCUGAUGACGCGCAGGGUUUUGGAGCCAGCGGGAGGAUGAGUCCAUGUUCCACCCUGACCAGCAGCACCGCGUCCCCUCCGGCCUGCAGCCCGUGCUCCACUCUGCCCUCCGCUGCUCCAGGACAGGCCGUCACCAGCCCCACGUCCACCCUGGAGAGCAGAGACAGCGGCAUCAUCGCCACUCUCACCAAUUACUCUGAGCCGAUGGACCGGAGUGGGAAACACGGCGACGGAUCUCGGGGAAGCAGCCUGAAGCUCUGGCACUCACACAGAUCUACACUGGACUCCAGUCUGUACCGGGUGGAUGAGAAUAUGACCGCCUCCACCUUCAGCCUCAACAAGAUCCCUGAGCCCAGCUCCGCCCACUACUCCUCUCACCCCACCCCGCUCUACCUCAUGCCCCGCCCUAAUUCAGUGGCAGCCACGAGUUCGGCUCACCUGGAGGACCUGGCGUAUUUGGAUGAGCAGAGACACGCGCCCCUGCGCACCUCGCUGCGGAUGCCCAGACAGAGCUCCACCGCAGGCCGCUCCGGGCAGGACCUGCGAGUGCGCUUGGCUCCAUAUCGACUGCAGGACAUCGCUCUGAAGCCGCUGCUGUUCGAGGUGCCGAGCAUCACCAUGGACUCUGUGUUCACGGGCCGCGAUUGGCUCUUCCAGGAGAUCGACGCCUGCCUGCGCUCCACACACUUGGGCUCCAGCGCCGGCGUGGUUCUGGUGGGAAGCAUUGGAUUCGGCAAAACGGCCAUAAUCUCACGGCUGGUGGCUCUGAGCUGCCAUGGGAAUCGUAUGAGACAGAUCGCCUCCGACAGCCCACAGGCAUCGCCAAAACAUGGAGAUGGCAUCCCUCUGUCACAGCCUCAGCCUUCCCAUGGCACACUGGGUGGAGGAAGCUGUCCGGGAACUCCAGAAAUGAGGAGGAGGCAGGAGGAGGCCAUGAGGAGACUCGCCGCUCAGGUGGUGGCGUAUCACUACUGUCAGUCUGAUAAUGCCUACACAUGCCUGGUGCCGGAGUUUGUGCACAAUGUGGCGGCGCUGCUGUGUCGUUCGCCUCAGCUCACUGCGUACAGAGAGCUGCUACUGAAGGAGCCGCACAUUCAGAGCAUGCUCAGUCUGCGCUCCUGCGUACAAGACCCACCAACAGCCUUCAGGAGAGGAGUGCUGGAACCACUGCACGCACUUUAUAAAGAGAGGAAGAUCACUCCAGAGGAAGAUCUCAUCAUUCUCAUUGACGGUCUGAAUGAGGCCGAGUUCCACAAACCAGACUAUGGCGACACCAUUGUGUCUUUCCUCUGUAAAACCAUCAACAAGUUUCCAGCCUGGCUCAAACUGGUGGUGACUGUCAGAACAUCCCUGCAGGAAAUCACCAAACCUCUGCCAUUCCACCAAAUCUCUCUGGACGCUCUGGAGGAAAAUGACGCCAUCGAUCACGACCUGCAGGGCUACAUCCUUCACCGCAUCCACAGCAGCGCCGAGAUCCAGAACAACAUCUCUCUGAACGGCAAGAUGGACAACAGCAGCUUCGGCAAGCUCAGCGCCCACCUCAAGGCCCUCAGUCAGGGCUCCUUCCUCUACCUGAAGCUCACCUUUGACUUGAUUGAGCGCGGAUACCUGGUGCUCAAGAGCUCCAACUACAAGGUGGUCCCGGUCAGUCUGGCGGAGGUCUAUCUGCUACAGUGUAACAUGCGUUUCCCCACGCAGUCUUCUUUCGAGAGGGCUCUGCCGCUGCUUAAUGUGGGCCUGGCUUCACUGCACCCACUUACUGAUGAACAGAUCUACCAGGCUAUCAACGGCGGUUCCGUCAAGGGGACUCUGGACUGGGACGACUUCCAGCAGAGGAUGGAGAACCUGUCUGUGUUUCUGGUGAAGAGGCGGGACGGCACGCGCAUGUUUGUUCAUCCGUCUUUUAGAGAGUGGCUCAUAUGGAGAGAAGAAGGAGAGAAGACCAAGUUCCUCUGUGAUCCCAGGAAUGGCCACACUCUUCUGGCUUUCUGGUUCUCCAGACAAGAAAACAAACUAAAUAGGCAGCAGACCAUUGAGCUGGGUCACCAUAUCCUGAAAGCACACAUUUUUAAGGGCCUGAGUAAGAAGGUUGGGGUUUCUUCAUCUAUUUUGCAAGGGCUGUGGGUGUCGUAUAGUACAGAGAGUUUAUCUACAGCUCUAUCAUCACUCAGAAACCUAUACACACCCAACAUAAAGGUGUCCCGGCUGCUGAUCCUCGGCGGUGCGAAUGUUAACUACCGCACGGAGGUGCUGAACAACGCUCCGGUGCUGUGUGUUCACGCUCAUCUGGGUUACGCAGACAUGGUGAACCUGCUGCUGGAGAACGGAGCCGGUGUGGAUUCGGCAUCUGAGAGCGGACUCACUCCGCUGGGCUACGCCGCUGCCGCCGGACAUCUCAGCAUCGUCACCUCACUCUGCAAGAGGAAAGCAAAGCUGGACCACUUGGACAAGCAUGGUCAGUGUGCGCUGGUGCACGCAGCUCUCCGAGGACACCUGGACGUACUCAAGUUCCUCAUUCAUAACGACUGGGGUCAAGCUCACCUCCAAAGCCCCUCCCCCACACAGUCCCAGGACACGCCCUCUCCCGUCUCUCAACCACAGGCCACGCCCUCCCCCACCCCGCCAGAUGCAACGCCCUCUCCCACUCAGGCCACGCCCACAGACUCUCCACCCUCCGGCCCCGAGCAGCAGGAGGAUCCAGCGGAGACGCCUCAAGAAGAGCAGCAGAAUCAGGAAGAGUCUCCAGAAGAGAUUGAAGAACAGACGCUGGAGGACACACAGACUCAGCGCUCCACGUCUCCAUCAUCUGUGAGCUUUAAUAAGAGCAUCGCCGUCCAGCAGGCCCUUAUAGCUGCCGCCAGCAUGGGUUACACUGAGAUUGUGUCUUAUCUCUUGGACCUGCCUGAGAGGGAUGAAGAGGACACUCAACGCGCACAGAUUAACAGCUAUGAUACCCUGUGGGGUGAAACCGCUCUGUCAGCGGCAGCGGGACGGGGGAAGCUGGAGGUCUGUCGGCUGCUGCUGGAGCAGGGCUCUGCUGUGGCGCAGCCCAACCGGAGAGGAGUCCUGCCUCUCUUCAGCUCCGUGCGGCAAGGACACUGGCAGAUUGUGGAUCUGUUGGUGUCACACGGUGCAGAUGUAAACCUGGCUGAUAAACAAGGCCGUACUCCACUCAUGAUGGCCGCUUCAGAGGGGCACCUGGACACGGUCGAGUUCCUAAUGGCUCAGGGUGCAUCAAUGGAUCUUAUGGAUAAGGAGGGUCUGACUGCGCUCAGCUGGGCAUGUUUGAAAGGACAUCUGUCUGUGGUUCGCUGCCUGGUGGACAGAGGUGCUGCCACAGACCAUGCUGAUAAAAACGGACGAACCCCUCUGGAUCUGGCUGCCUUCUACGGAGACUCAGAUGUGGUGCAGUUCCUGGUGGAUCAUGGGGCUUUGAUAGAGCAUGUGGACUACAGUGGGAUGCGUCCUCUGGAUCGAGCUGUCGGCUGCAGAAACACAUCAGUGGUGGUCGCCCUGCUCAAAAAAGGAGCCAAAAUCGGAUGUCAAACGCUGCCGAGUCCACACAAAGGAGGUCCUGCUACCUGGGCAAUGGCGACAUCUAAACCUGACAUCAUGAUUAUCCUACUGAGUAAACUUUUAGAGGAAGGAGAUGGCUUCUACAAGAAGGGUAAAGUAAAAGAGGCAGCUCAACGCUACCAGUACGCUCUGAAGAAAUUUCCCCGUGAAGGAUUAAGUGAGGACUUGAAAACCUUUAAGGAGCUCAAAGUGUCUUUGUUCCUGAACUUGUCCCGCUGUCGGAGGAAAAUGAAUGACUUUGGAAUGGCGGAGGAGUUUGCUACCAAGGCUCUGGAACUCAAGCCUAAGUCCUAUGAGGCGUUUUAUGCUAGAGCCCGUGCCAAGCGGAGCAGCAGGCAAUUCGCUGAAGCACUAGAUGACCUGAGGGAAGCUAUAAAACUGUGUCCCAACAACCGUGAAAUUCAGCGCCUCCUUCAGCGCGUGGAAGAAGAGUACAGACAAGUUACCCAAUCAGAAGAGCUAGAGCUUGAGCCACCUCCAUCUCCACCACCAUCUCCUUUACCAGUAGAGGAAGAUGAGGAGCCCCCUCGUCAUACUCCUCCUCCUGAACCAAGACUUGAUGACAUGGAACCUGUCCAAGACUUGUUUGAGGAUGAUGACUUCCUGGAACAAGAGCUAGAGGCUGUGUCUAUUGGUCUUGCCUCAGAUAUUCGCUCAAACACUUCAAGUCUUGCCAUCAUUCGUAGUCCACCCCUUUCUCCUGCCCAUCAUGACACUGGCUACCUAUCUGGGGGGCAGGCCUUUGAGUUCCACCCAAGCUCCUCCUCUAUGUCAUCUCCUACUCAUCACAGUUACCAGUCAACUUCCCCUUGUAUUUCCCCAACACAUCAGAACUCCCACUACCGCCAGAGCCCACCCCACACCUCGCCUGCCCACCAGUCCUCCUACCGUUUCAGCCCGCCACCAAUGGGUGGUGGAGGGAACCAAGGGAUGGACUAUCAGAGUCCUCCACCAUCUCCUCUUCGACGUGGGGUUCCAUUCCGAGCCAGCCCUCCAGUUGAGAGCGUGUGUAUAUAUCGUUCCCAAUCUGGCUCUCCAGUCCGCUACCAGCAAGAGCCUUUACCUAGCCGUCCCAAAUCUCCACUUUUGAAGAUGAGCAGUCAGCGAUCCUUCCAGCUCCAAUCGCAACCGUCCCAGAGCUCCCAGACCAGCCAACACCACCAGGUUCAGGGUCUUCGUCUCCAGCCUUCUAUGGCACAAAUUGUACGCACAAACCAGCCCAGUAACAGUGUGUACAGCCAGCUGGCACAUCCACUCAGCAGCAGGUACCAGGGUAGUUCCAUGGAUGUUGACAGGGAUAGAGAUCGGGAGCCAAGGCUAGUGUACCAGCCUUCAUUGGAUGGCCGUUCAAUGUCUCAAGUGCAAUCAAGCCUUAGUGUAGGAGCUCUUUGUCAGCACGGGGGUCGAGGUGGACCUUCUGGGGUUCUGGAAUCAAACUUGGGGAAAGACGAGCUGCCUCAACGUCCUGCUUCAGCCUACCGAUCAGCUACAGGUGGACCCGGAGGCAUGCGUUUUAGCCAAACCCCACAGAUCAGCCGCAGCCAGUCAGCAGCGUACUAUCCUGUCUCUAAGCAUGAACUUGAGAGAGCAGUGGCAGCCUCUGCUCUGCCACCAUGCCAACUGGGAUCUCCAGAGAUCCCUCAUCUAGUGCGUAGACCCAUCAGUGCCAAUACAAGUGACCUAAAGCAGCAUGUACCGACCCCCAGACCUCUUAUUCACUCCCAAAGCGUAAAUCUUCGCUUCUCUCCGUCUAGCAGUAAUAUCUCCUCAGGCUCGAGCUGUAAUCUAGCUUCUGGCUUCAGGCCUUCCUCCUCGAUGGCCCAAAUGGAAAUCCCACUCCAGGUGGCAUAUGAGCGAAGCUUCGAUGAGCCAUCUGCCCUAUCGCCCUCUCAGAGUGGACACUACUCGGGCGAACCGGCUCGAUCCCGGACCACUCCAUUCAUGGGCGUCAUCGACAAGACUGCAAGGACUACACAGCAGUAUCUUCACCAGCCUUCCCGCGCCUGGCCCGUGUCAUCCCUGGAAUCGGUCAUCACUAGCCCCACGUCCCCUGGCAACUUGAUCCACCAAGCCUCCACCGCCUCCUCCUACAGCCCUCCUACAUCUCUAGGCAAUAUUGCCUACUACAAUAAGACCAAUAAUGCCCAAAAUGGACACAUGCUAGAAGAGGAGUAUUAUGCCCAGCCACAACCCUCCUCCCUGGGCAAGCUUGCCAAUGGAGGAGCCCGUGAUCGAGACCUCCUAGAGCGGGUGAGCCAAGUGCCCACGUAUCAGGAUGUCAAAGUGGCCCGGACAAUGCCCGUGGCACAGGCGUACCAGGAGAACAUGUACCGCCAGCUAUCCCGUGAUGCCAGACAAGGUCCCACCUCGCCCAUCAAACCAAAGAGACCCUUUGUGGAGUCAAAUGUUUAAUAGGCAUCCAAAAGGGUGGGCACAAAGGUGUGUGUGAAUGUUUGUGUCAGGUCUAACAUAGGAGACUGUGCAGGUGCAGGAUAUUAAAACCAGUAUUUCGAGUAAACAAAACUGCUUAGUAGAGUUACUUUUAAUAAACAAAAAAACAGUGUUACAAAGUUGUGUUCAAAUACCUGUGCCUACGUCAGGUCAACUCAAUCUCCUGGUAAAAACUUAGUUUCUAGAACUUGGGUGGUGGACGGGCUCGAAAUAGUCUGACGGCACCAGUUUGGAGCACUAGAAUACAGUAUGUAAAGGUAAAAUAUGUUCUAUAAAGCUCUGCACAUUAUAAGAAAGCACAUUUAUUCACAUUCCACAACAGAGGCCUACAUGCAGAGGAAUGGUAUCGCCAUCGUUCCCAGCAGUAAAGCAGAUAAGAAACUGGGGAGUCUAUGUGAGUUGAACUCAUUUCUUCUCUCUUUCUCUCUCUCUCUCUCACACUUCCCAGUAAAACUAAACAGAUUUGCUAGGCUUUCUGGACAUCAUAUUGUGGGAUUGUUCAAUACUGUAAAAAGUGAAAAUGAGACAAAACCAAGUUGUAGUUACAGAAGGGAAAAAAGAGAAAUAUUUAUAAUUAAGUUAUAUAAUGUAUAGAAAUAUUUAGGCAGUUUUCUGACGGGUUUAUUUAGUUUUCGCUUUGUCAUUCAUUUUUGUUGGGCAUUUGGAAAUGGUAUUAGAUAUUUACAAAAUAAUAACUCAGAGUUUACAACUGGAGAUCUUUACAGCUAGAGUUCUGGCUUCCCAAGCAGAAAUAUUGUUGUGUCAAAAUUCAAAGUGGUGAAGUGGCAAUAACCUUAGUUAAUAAUCAAUUUCUUGGGAAUAAGCUUAAUAUGAUUUUCAAGUAACCCUCACAUUUUGUGAACAAAGCUUCUGACUUUAUUUACAAAAUGAGUCGAGUUGAUUAUCGAGCACUGGAGUGGCAAUCCUGCCGUAUUUCAAGUCAAAGAAUGUAUCACACCAUAGACGUCUUAUGAACUCUACAGUAUGUAAACUACGCAAAACAAAGCUUCAGGGGCGUUUGUAAGGUAGUAAUACCAUUUCUUCUCCUUAUUUUGGUUCCUUUGUUGUUCUAAGACAUGGAAUAUUGGAGUAUAUCAAGUGAAGUAUCUUUGUUUUAACUUUUACUCAUAACUUUUAUUCAGUCUGCACUGACUGUCUGUGAUAUUAUAAAGAAAGAGAGCACUUUAUUCAUUUGUAAGGAUUGUAUGGAAUGUGAAUAUCAGGGGGAUGGAUAUGUUGUUUUAUUGUUUUCGUUGGAAACCAGGAUUCAACAUCCUUACUAACAAACAUUGAGUGAACACUGGAAAAUAACCUGUGAUUAGUUGUACUACUAGAAAAACAAAUAGCGGUCGUCGUCCUUGGUGCAAUUCUAAUUUUACAAGCAAACGAAUGAACAAUAAUAUAAAAGAGCGGAAUUAUGUUUUUAAAAAGAUAUAAAGUCGUGUAUAUAACAGCCUUUAUAGAGCGCAGUGUACUUGCUGUAUAUAGUGGCCAAAUGUGAUCAUGCAUACAAAACUCCUGCUCGCCUCUGCAAACACAUCGCCAAAUGCAGUGCGUGAGAAGGACUCAGUGGCGUAACACACAAUACUGACGAGCAAACCAGCCGUUUUCAAAUAGUGUAUCUGUUGUGUACAAAAAAAAAACUACAAUAUUCAGCUAGUUCCUUUUCAAGUUCUCUGCUUCAGAAUGCAAUAUUAUUAACACGCAGAGCUUAAAUGUGGCUUUGGUCAGAUCUUCUCCAAAAUACAGUAUAUGGACAGAUAUCGAAGUCUUAAAGACAACCAUAUUCACCUUUCUAUUGCUGUCAGUGUAAACCUGCUUGAAUUGAUAGAUGCCUCAUGGUCAACUUGUGGGGAAAAUGCUACAGAAAACACGACGACAAACACUUAUUGAGGGGCGAGGUGUAUUAUUAUUAUAUUUUCGUUUCGUUUUUUUUGCUGUACAUAACCUGACGCAUGAUUUAUACUCCAUUCCCCUCCAAAAUGGACACACACAGACAUUCGCUAAUCUGCUGUAUGUCUCCGAUAGAGGAACUAAACAGAAAUAAAGUUCUCACACCUGAAGGGAAAAAAAUAUUAACAGUAAAAACGUGACGUUUACCUCUGAAGGGUUUGGCCUUUCUUUAGAUUUUUCAGUUGGAUUUGAGUUGAUUUUAAUGUACUUGCUUGCUAAGCAGAGUUUCUCGUCUGUAAAUGUGAGCUUUCAGAGCGCUGUGACAACGUUUAAUGACUUCAAUAAACCAGAAUGUGUUUUUAUCA